CUCCUCUGCUUCCAGGGGCACUCAUCGGCCGCCCAACGCCCGCCACAGCCUGAAGCUCGCGCGGCCCCUGCAGCAUGGCAACGCUGAGCGGCCGCUGAGCGCCCUGCCUGCCCCACUUGCCCCGCCCCACCACGCCUGGCCCUGGGCCACCAUGCACGGACAAUGAUGAUGGCCCGCAAGCAAGAUGGCCGCACGCCCACCUACAGCGUCAGCGUGGUGGGGCUGUCCGGCACCGAGAAGGAGAAGGGCCAGUGCGGCAUCGGCAAAUCCUGCCUGUGCAACCGCUUUGUGCGGCCCGGCGCCGACGACUUCCACUUGGACCACACGUCCGUCCUCAGCACCAGUGACUUUGGGGGCCGGGUGGUCAACAAUGACCACUUCCUCUACUGGGGCGAGGUGGCACGGCCCUUGGAGGAGUGCGUGGAGUGCAAGAUCCAYGUGGUGGAGCAGACGGAGUUCAUCGACGACCAGACCUUCCAGCCCCACCGCAGCACGGCCCUGCAGCCCUACAUCAAGAGGGCAGCGGCCACCAAGCUGGCRUCGGCCGAGAAGCUCAUGUACUUCUGCACCGACCAGCUGGGCCUGGAGCAGGACUUUGAGCAGAAGCAGAUGCCAGACGGGAAGCUUCCGGUGGACGGGUUCCUGCUGUGCGUGGACGUCAGCCGGGGGAUGAACCGUAAUUUUGACGACCAGCUCAAAUUUGUGUCCAACCUCUACAACCAGCUGGCCAAGACCAAGAAAGCCAUCGUGGUGGUGCUGACCAAGUGCGACGAGGGCGUGGAGCGCUACAUCCGCGACGCCCACGCCUUUGCCCUGGGCAAGAAGAACCUGCAGGUGGUGGAGACGUCGGCGCGCUCCAACGUCAACGUGGACCUGGCCUUCAGCACCCUGGUGCAGCUGGUGGACAAGAGCCGGGGCAAGGCCAAGAUCAUCCCCUACUUUGAGGCCCUCAAGCAGCAGAGCCAGCAGAUCGCUGCCGCCAAGGACAAGUACGAGUGGCUGGUCAGCCGCAUCGUCAAGAGCUACAACGAGGCGUGGCCCAACGUGUGCCGCCGCAUGCAGCCGGCGGCCGAGUACCAGGACUACGUCUACCUGGAGGGCACCCACAAGGCCAAGAAGCUCUUCCUGCAGCACGUGCAGCGCCUCAAACAGGAGCACGUGGAGCGGCGGCGCAARGCCUACCUGACCCUGCUCCCCCAGGCCCUGGACGCCCUGGUGCCUGACCUGGACGAGAUCGACCAYUUGAGCCGGGCCAAGGCGGAGAAGCUGCUGGAGGCCAAGCCGGACUUCCUCAAGUGGUUCGUGGUGCUGGAGGAAACGCCRUGGGACGCCACGAGCCACGUGGACGCCGUGGACAACGAGCGCAUCCCUUUCGACCUKCUGGAGACGCCGGCGGCCGAGCAGCUGUACGAGGCCCACCUGGAGAAGCUGCGCAAYGAGCGCAAGCGGGCUGAGAUGAGGAGAGCCUUCCGCGAGAACCUGGAAAGCUCACCCUUUGUCACACCUGGGAAGCCCUGGGAAGAGGCACGGAGCUUCAUCAUGAACGAGGACUUUUACCUUUGGCUGGAGGAGUCGGUCUACAUGGACAUCUAYGGCAAGCACCAGAAGCAGCUCAUCGACAAAGCCAAGGAGGACUUCCAGGAGCUGCUGCUGGAGUACUCGGAGCUGUUCUACGAGCUGGAGCUGGACGCCAAGCCCAGCAAGGAGAAGAUGGGCGUGAUCCAGGAAGUGCUGGGCGAGGAGCAGCGUUUCAAGGCCCUGCAGAAGCUGCAGGCCGAGCGCGAUGCCCUGAUCCUCAAGCACAUACACUUUGUCUACCACCCCACCAAGGAGACGUGUCCCAGCUGCGCCGCCUGCGUGGACGCCCGCGCCGAGCAGCUGCUGGGCUCGCGCUUCCUGCGGCCGGCCGAGCGCCACCACAAGAACCAGGCGCCKCCGGACUCGGUGGACCGCAUCAACCUGGUGAUCCUGGGCAAGGACGGGCUGGCCCGCGAGCUGGCCAACGAGAUCCGGGCGCUGUGCACCAAUGACGACAAGUACGUCAUUGAGGGCAAGAUGUACGAGCUGGCACUGCGGCCCAUCGAGGGCAAUGUCCGGCUGCCGGUCAACGCCUUCCAGACGCCCACUUUUCAGCCCCAUGGCUGCCUGUGCCUCUACAACUCCAAAGAGUCGCUGUCCUAUGUGGUGGAGAGCAUCGAGAAGAGCCGUGAGUCCACCAUCGGCCGCCGGGAAAACCACCCAGCCCAGCUGCCGCUGACCCUCAUCCUGGUCAACAAGAGGGGCGACGCCAGUGGUGAGACGCUGCAGAGCCUGAUCCAGCAGGGCCAGCAGAUYGCCAGCAAGCUGCAGUGCGUCUUCCUGGACCCGGCGGCGGCCGGCAUCGGCUACGGCCGUAACGUCAACGAGAAGCAGAUCGGCCAGGUCCUCAAGGGGCUGCUGGACUCCAAGCGCAACCUCAACCUGGUGGGCUCCACCUCGGGCCUCAAGGACGCCCCGGACGCUGACCUGCGCAUCGUCAUGUGCCUGAUGUGCGGUGACCCGGUGGGCGCCGACGACGUGCUGCUGCCCAUCCUGCAGUCGCAGGGCUGCCGGCCGGCUUUGGCCGGCUGCGGCUCCUCCGUGCUGCUGGACCUGUCCAUCGGGCCUCAGCGGCGGCGYGUGGAGCUGUCGCUGCUGUCCUACCACGCGUCCUUCGGGCUGCGCAAGAGCCGCCUGGUGCACGGCUACAUCGUCUUCUACGCGGCCAAGCGCAAGGCCUCGCUGGCCACGCUGCGGGCCUUCCUGGGCGACGUGCAGGACAUCGUGCCCGUGCAGCUGGUGGCGCUGGCCGACGGCUCGGCCGACCUGCUGGACAACGACGUGAGCCGCGAGCAGCUGGCCGAGGGCGAGGAGAUCGCCCAGGAGAUCGAGGGCCACUUCGCCGCGCUGCCCUGCGGCCAGCCCCAGCCCAAGUUGGACGUGGCCUUCCAGCCCUUCCUGAAGGACGCGCUGGACAAGAAGAACAUCAUYGAGGCCACGCACAUGUACGACAACGCUGCCGAGGCCUGCAGCACCGGCGAGGACGUUUUCAACUCGCCGCGUGCCGGCUCGCCGCUCGGCAACUCCAACCUGCCGGACUCGGAGGAGGACGCCGAUCCGCCGCCCGGCUACAGCCCCUUCCGCGAGGAGCCGGCCGUGCCCGCGCUGCCCAAGGACCACUCCAAGCUGUCCAUGGAGCUGGAGGGCAACGACGGGCUGUCCUUCAUCUCGGUGGUCAGCAGCUUYGAGAGCAAGCUCAACAACAAGGUGCCACCGCCGGUCAAGCCCAAGCCGCCGGUGCAUUUCGACAUCAAGAGCGACCUGUCCUACCUGGAGCAAGGCCACCGGGAUGGCCAGCGGCGCUCGGUGUCGUCCUCCACGUGGCUACCGCCGGACUGCUUUGACCCGUCGGACUACGCCGAGCCCAUGGACGCGGUGGUCAAGCCGCGGAAYGAGGAGGAGAACAUUUAUUCAGUUCCCCACGACAGCACCCAGGGCAAGAUCAUCACCAUCCGCAACAUCAACAAGGCCCAGUCCAACGGCAGCGGCAAYGGCUCGGACAGCGAGAUGGACACGAGCUCCCUGGAGCGCGGCCGCAGGGCUCCAGCCGUCACCAAGCCGGUGCUGUACCGGGCCCGGUGCGCGCGGCUCGGCCGCUUCGCCAGCUACCGGCCCGGCCUGAGCGUGGGCAGCGACGACGAGCUGGGGCCUGGCCGCAAGAAGGACGAGGAGCCAGGGAGCCAGGGUGGGUACAAGGGUGACAACGCUGUGAUCCCCUACGAGACGGCUGAUGGAGAGGACCCCCGAAGGAGGAAUAUCCUCAGGAGCCUCAGGAGGACCACCAAGAAACCAAAGCCGAAGGCGCGUCCGUCCCUGACCAAGACCCCGUGGGAGAGCAGCUACUUUGGGGUGCCCCUGGCCCACGUGGUGACCCCGGAGCGGCCAAUCCCACUCUUCAUUGAGCGCUGCAUCGAGUACAUCGAGGCCACUGGCCUGAGCACAGAGGGGAUUUAUCGUGUCAGUGGGAACAAGUCGGAGAUGGAGAGUCUGCAGCGCCAGUUUGACCAGGAUCACGGGCUGGACCUGGCCGAGAAGGAUUUCACCGUCAACACUGUGGCCGGGGCCAUGAAAAGCUUUUUCUCAGAGCUGCCUGAGCCACUGGUGCCCUACGCCAUGCAGGUGGAGCUGGUGGAGGCCCACAAGAUCAAUGACCGGGACCAGAAGCUCCAUGCACUCCGGGACGUCCUGAGGAAAUUCCCUCGCGAGAACUACGAGGUCUUCAAAUACGUCAUCGCACAUCUCAACAGGGUGAGCCAGCAGCACCGCGUCAACCUGAUGACCAGYGAGAACCUGUCCAUCUGCUUCUGGCCGACGCUGAUGCGGCCCGACUUCAGCACGAUGGACGCGCUGACAGCCACCAGGACCUACCAGACAAUCAUCGAACUCUUCAUCCACCAGUGCCCCUUCUUCUUCCCCGUCCGGCCGCCUCUGGACACGCCCGGCUCGCCCGGCUCGGCUCCGGCCGCGCCGCUCUUCCCGCUGACCCCUCCGCCGCCGCCGUCCCCGCCCCGGACGCCAUCACCACCGGCCGAGCCGCUGGAGCCCUGAGCCCCAGGGAGAGGGAUGGGGAGUGACCACCGUGGCAUUUGGCCGCCCCGGAGCUGGUGGGGGAUGGGGGAUGGGUGGACUGGACUCAGCGGGGGUUGAGCACUCAGAUGUUGCCCAGGAAGGUCCCAGACUUUGGCCAGGGCAGAUGAACAGUGUCCCCAAGGAGGGGCCAGAGCGGCUUGGGAGAGGCUGGAAGGGGAUGAGGGUGGGCCAGGGUAGCCUGUGGGUCAUCGAAAAUGAUCCUGAGUGGUCCAGUGUGGGCCUGCUGGUCCAUGGUCCAUCCAGUGUGGUCUUGGCCUAAGGAAGGGUCAUCCAAGGUGGUCCAUUGUGGAAUGAGGCUUGUCCAGUGGGACCUGAGGGUUGUCCAGUUUGGUCUAGGGUGGCCUGAGGGUCUAUCCAAGGUGGUCUGUAGUGGUCCAAUGUGGCCUGAGGGUCAUCCCGUGUGGGCUUGGGUGGUCCAAGGGUCAUGGGAGGAGGUCCAAGGUCCAUCCAGUGUGGUUCAGUGUGACCUGAGGGUCAUCCAAGGUGGUUCAGCAUUGCUCAAGGUCCAUCUGAGGUGGCCUGAGGUUCGUCCAAGGAGAUCCAAUGUCACCCAAGACUCAUACAACGUUGCCAGAGGUCCAUCCCAGGUGGCCCAAGGUCCAUCCAAGGAGAUCCAGCAUCACCCGAGGUCCAUCUGAGGUCAUCCAUUGUCAU